AUGUAUAAUUUAAUGUUCGUUUCUCGUGCGCAUGCAUCACAAAUCAUACAUUUUUAUGCUCACAAGCCAUCUGGGCAUUGGGUGCCUGAGGAAAGCUCUCAGUGGUAUAAUCAAGGAAAUGUUGCUAUCAGACCCCAGGACUCUGUUGAGCUGCGGAAUAUGCUUCCACCUAGUGAGGAUGAAUUGCACGAUGCAACGUGCAUGAUCUCUGCUGGUCAUCAGGAGAAACCUUUGCGCGCAACUGUCAAACAGAUGUGUCUGGUUUUAGUGACCAAAUCUGUAGUUAAGACACUGAUUGAAUUUCUAGUUGAAUACAAUACUUGGUAUCAGCAAUGUGGUGUUUUGUAUAGCCAAGAGAAUAUGGAUGCUCUUUUUGAAGAUAUUGAUGGCAAUGUGGACACAGGCAUUCCCAAAGCUUUGCAAAUAUGUCAUUUAUCAAAAGAUGACUCCAUUGAUCAAUUCCUUCCUUUGGAAUCACACGAUCUGAGUAUUUCAGACAGCAUAGAUCCUGGCAAUAUUACCAUGGAAGCAAUAGGUUUUACCAAGGGUGACCAUUCAGCAACGAGUUGA